UGUUCUUUAGUCGAUGGUGAACAGUUCUCGUUUCGUGUUGUGUUUUUUCUAGUGACGAUUUUGAAAAAAUAUUUUUUUGUGUCUAAAUUUUUGUGUAACGUUUUUGUCCCGUCCGUUCAUUAUAAAUAUUAUUUUUUUUUGUGUGUGUGUGAUUUUUUUUUUUUUUUGAGUUUGUCUGAACUGUUGGUGCGCCGACAUAUUUGCUUGUGGCAUCGCUAGUCUAUUCUGAAAAAUUGUGUGUUUUCUUAAAUUUACGUAUCCAUAUCCAUAAUGCAGAAUCUCCGCCGAAUCCUGUUGAAGGGCAGGACCAAUCGCAGUUUGCAGGUGAUAACCAAAAUGUGCUACUCGUGCGGCAAGGAGGUACAACGUGGAAGGGGUCUUGUACUUGGCGUUUACCAAAGAGAGGGCAACAAGGAACUCAAGCUGACGACCAGCGCUGAGAAGUUCAACGAUCGUGUUGGCGGCAAACUGAUGGAACUGAUAUGCGAGACAAAGAUCGAUGGGCGAUUGGGACGUGGCAAGGUGUUCAACAAUAUCGAUAUCGAUUAUCGGAGUGUUGCUGUCGUCGGCGUCGGCCUGGAGGGCAUUGGCUUCAAUGAGCUGGAGAUGCUGGACGAGGGCAUGGAGAAUGUGCGUAUUGCCGCUGGCAUUGGUGCUCAAGCGCUGCAGACCGUCAACUGCUCUGAGAUAUCCGUGGAUAGCAUGGAUUAUGCCGAGCAGGCUGCCGAGGGUGCUGCCCUUGCCAUCUGGCAAUAUACCGAAAAGCUGAGCGUUAAAUAUCGUCCAGUUAUGCCCAAGCUGGACAUGUAUGACUCGGCCGAUAUGGAUGGCUGGAUGCGUGGCAUGUGCAAGGCCGAAUCACAGAAUCUGGCGAGGCGAUUGAGUGAUGCACCCGCCAACUGUAUGACACCCACCUUGUUCGCCCAGGCCACCGUGGAUGCACUGUGUCCGUGCGGCAUCACCGUGGAGAUACGCACCAUGGACUGGAUUGAGCAGCAGCGCAUGAACUCGUUCCUGAUGAUUGCGAAGGGUUCGUGUGAGCCGCCAGUGCUGAUGGAGAUCAGCUAUUGCGGCACCGCACCCGAGGACAAACCCGUCAUGUUCCUUGGCAAGGGCAUCACAUUCAAUUCGGGCGGCAUCAAUCUGCGUAAAUGCGACGGUAUGGAUGAGUACCGGGGUAGCAUGUCCGGAGCUGCAGCCUGUGUGGCAAUGAUGCGUUGCGUUGCCGCACUAUCGCUGCCCAUCAAUGUGGUCGCCAUUAUACCAUUGUGCGAGAAUUUGCCGUCGGGCAUGGCUACAAAGCCCGGCGAUGUUUGCACUCUGCUCAACGCAAGAUCGAUGGCCAUACGUGAUCUGGACAAGGCGGGCGUUGUUGUUAUGGCCGAUCCAAUGAUCUAUGGGCAGACAACAUACAAGCCGCGACUGGUCGUCGAUGUGGCAACGCUUGGCAUGGGCACAAAGAAAGCCUUUGGUGGCGGUGCCACUGCCAUCUUUUCCAAUUCUCACUAUAUCUGGAAGCAGUUCCAGCGCGCCGGAUCCCUUACUGGUGAUCGGGUAUGGCGUCUGCCACUGUGGCAAUACUAUAAGAAGCAGGUGACCGACGAAACCGGCUACGAUCUGAGCAACGAUGGACGUGGCUUGGCCAGCUCUUGCCUGGCAGCUGCCGUCCUCCAUGAGUUAGUUCACUGCGCGGACUGGGCGCAUCUCGAUACUCGCGGCACCGGCUUGAUCUCUCAGUUUGGCCUCAUACCCUAUCUCACCAAGUUCCGGAUGACAGGUCGACCAACCCGCACACUGGUUCAGUUCCUCUACCAGUUGGCAUGUCCAGAGCCAAAAUAACCUACAUGCAGUUGUACAGCAACUCUUGGCUGUGAGCCAUUUUUUAGUUAUGGGACUUCAAAUUGAUGUGGUUUUAUGGACUUGAAAGAGCCGACACAAAGGAAAACAAUAAUCAUAUGAAUAACAAUAAUAAUGUGAACAACUCUUAUAAAUAUCUCUGUGAAA